UUGGCAGGUGGCGCCGGUCCCGUAAGUGCCGGCGCACCGGACCCCCUCCCGCCAUGGGCAGCGCCGAGAGCCGCGAGGGUCGAAGGGCGUACUUCGGAUUGGACCAGGAGGAGCGGGUCCGGGUGCUGCAGGGCAUCCGGCUGUCUGAAAAUGUGGUCAACCGCAUGAAAGAUCCCAGCCAGCCUUCCAGAGCGGGGCCGCUGACCCCUCCAGCUGCCGCCCUUGGCUCCUCUGAAGGCCGGGAGAAAGAGUCUAAAUCGCCCAGGCCGGAGAGUGGCGGUGGCCGGCGGCCACCCUCGGGAGCGGAGGUGGAUCUCCUCGAGAGGUGUGACAGGGAGCAGGCCGUGGUCCAGGACGAGCUGCUCCAGGUGGCGACGAGGGACACAGAGGCGGCUGCCAAGCCCCGGAGCGCGUCCCUGCGGCAGGGGGAGGGCGGCAUGGACCUGGAGACGCAGCGGUCCGCCCAGCUGGCCGGGGAGCUGGAGAGACGAGAGGCAGAGCUGAGACGCCGCGACGCCUUAUACAAGGAGCAGCUCGGGCGCCUGGAGAGGCAGAAUGUCGAGACGUACAGACUGUCUUCACAGCAGUUCCACAAGGCAGCCUCGAAGAUGGAGGGUGCGAUCAAGCCCCGCAGGGUGGAGCCCGUGUGCUCGGGGCUGCAGGCCCAGAUCCUGCGCUGCUACCGCGAGCACCUGCAGGAGGUGCUGCUGUGUGCGGACCUGGUCAAGGCCUACCAGCACUGCGUUGGCUCAGCGCACAAGGGUUGACGCAGGCCCACUCCGGGCCUGGCAGCGACUUGGAGCCUGAAGAGGGGACCCGUUGUGGGACCACAGUCCAGAGACCGCAGGCGCCAGCACCCCUGCUGGCACCUCCGACGCCCCCGUGCUGGGGAAGUAGCGUGUGUGCCCCUGUCCGCAGACAAAUAAAGCAGGCGUCCUUGUCUUCA